UUUUCACAGUGUGCAGAUGGAUGCGGUUCAAGGCGUGUUGCUAUUGCUGGCAGGUGAAGAAGCAGGUUGGGCAGGUUGGUUCCCUGAAUGCAACUCUGUUGAGCCCUCCUCCCUCCUUCCCUGCUUGUCUCUCUGGGCCGACUGCUGAUUCACUCUCACAUGUUGGCCACUCAGUGAAAAGAGUUUGUUGCCAGUGCACCUGUCCUCAUCUGAUAGAGCCUUUAAGAAUAAGAGUAAAACCAAAAAGAGGGAAAUGGGACUGUAUUUAAAAAUCACAGCAGGCCUCCUUCUGCUUAUCCAGGCCUUUCACAUGGCAUCGCUCCAAGAUUCAACCGACUCUCCGGGGCGGACAAUUGAUAAAAGCUGGCUCCGUGUUGGCUUACUCAAAAAUACAGCUGGAAACCAAAACGCUGCAGUUACUGAAGAGGAGACAGAGUUUGAUCAGGCACCUGAUGCAAAUGCUAUGGAGUCAAGUAAUGAAUUCAGCAGUGGGAUAGCAUCUGGCUCCAUGACAGUAAAUUAUGAAGGCAAGGAGAAUGUGGCCGGCCAAGAUAAGGGUGCAAAUGAAACAUCUGAUAAUCCGACUGCUGUCAAUACCACAGAGGAUCUCACAAGUUCCACAAAUGUUACAACCGAUCAACCUAAUUUGCCAGACGCCACCAUUUCUCCAGCUAAUGUCACUUCAGUUCCUACAAACUCAAGUCAGAUCAACAUUACAGGAGCUGAGAAAGAAUUUAAUGAUUCGACCAUGACCCCUCAAAACUCCACAACUCAUCUUAGCGCACCAAACUCCACCAGCUUUUCAGAUAACUCCAAUCGCACCGAUUUGCAGACAACCACCUUGCCUCCAGAGAGAAAUGUUACUCAGGAAUCCACAACGAAACCCGACACAGAUACAUGGUUAACUAAUGCUACCGGAUCUACCAACACAACACCUAUAACAACCACGAUGAAGCCAGAGAUAAAGGAGACAUCCACCGCAUUUACCACUACGUCUUCAUCUACAACGGCGUUCCCAUCCGACACUACAGAAACGAGCCCUGCUACUACAACUCCCGCUGCUCCGAUCACACCUGAGAAGGCCAACAAUACAGACAGAGAUGCAGCCUCAAGGGGCAGCGCAGAAAGAGGUUUGGCAACGGAGACCAACAAGAGUAAAAGAAACGAAGCGUGGGGAGCUGUUCUGGGAACGGCGGUGGCUGUGGCCAUUGUGGGACUGGUUGCCUACAUCAUCCUGAAGAAGAAACAGCAGAAGGGUUUCUCUCACACUAAACUGGUUGAGGAGUAUCCUUCAGCCCCAGUUAUCAGAUUAGACAACAACGAACCUUUGGACUUGAACUUUGGUGGUUUGGCCUAUUACAACCCAGGACUCCAAGGGGACAACAUCCAAAUGACCAACUUUCCAGGACGCCGCUGAAACUGAAAAGACUCCCAAGACCAAAUUCAUGAACUCCCUUGAAAGAAAGUCGGUCAAAUUGGCAUCUGAUAAACAGCCUAUAGCUCUGAGUUUUGUAAAAAAGACAUUUGUGGAUGGAAAGGCGUUUGUGAAAUGGUGCAUUGCGUUGAGUAGAUUUAUUAAAUUUAAAUAGAGGGAUCACUGAAGGCAAUCUAUCUGAACUACACCGUAACAGCCAAAAUUAACUACUGUCAGACAUUUAUUUAUGUUGCCAAAGGGUAUCAAAUCAAAUCUUUCCUAAUGAAGAAUAUGCUUUGCAGUCAAUGAAUGAUGUAAAAAAUGUAUAUUUGUUUAUAACUUUUGUUUUAAUUUUUAAUCAGCUUGAAUAGGAGCACACUCCUACAGCUAAAGAGAAGACACCAGAGAAUGUGGCUCCUGCUGAUGCAAAAAACAUUUGUAGAACAAAAAGUGCUGUUGUUCUGCUGCCUAAACAACAGAUGACACAGCUGGCCCGAUGAGGCGUUAGUAACAAAAUUCAGAAACCAUGGUGAACAAUAACAUUAUCCAUAUCAACAAUCACCUGCUGUUAUGGCAUAGGGAAGGCAAUAAAAAGAUAGAUUUAAACUACGCUUGCAGAUAUUCCACAACUGGCAGUCACAGCCAGAGUCUGAGAAUUGAACCGUCAAACCGAAGACUUGAGUUUGCUUUUCGACACCAGCGAGGGAUGUGGAGAGAGGCUGGGUGCUGUUUUGUUAUUCAUAGACUGAGAUUUUGGUAUUCAGGAAGGGAGUCGUGUAUUUGGUCUUACGCCAUAGCAACAACUAUAUCAUCAUAAUAUACUGCUUAAAUCUUCUGACCUCCAGGUGUCCAAAAAGAGAUUUGAGUUUCUCAUAGCGACAGUGUGCACCCUGGAGAGUUACAUAAUGCUUACCUGCUGCAUACUUAGAGCAAAAUUAGAACAUACCUGAUGUUGAAUGUUUUUGGAAACUUUAUUUUUUCAUUGUUAUUAUUUUUCUAAGUUUGCUUCAACUUUGAGUGACAACCUUCAGCAAGAAACGUCGUUUUCUUGACUGAUACAUUGUGGUUGGGCAAGAAAGAAUAAGCAGGGAUUAACUACGCUCUCUCCUCUUUUUAUGUAUCUAAAGCCUUUGUACAGUAAAAUCGAAUUCAUAAUUGUUUAUUUUUAUGUAACCUUUCUUAAUGUACUUUGUUAUAUAACUCACUUUUAUAACUUUUAUAACAUCUUUCAGCUUCCUCGAUCCUUUCACUCAUCAUUAGCUGAGUGAAGCCCACACUUAAUCAAUAUCAUCUUGACCUAAACAGCAGGCGGCAGGUCUACUUCCUUCUUCGCUCUAAUUUCAGACAUCAAAUCAGCCAAGAAGCAUUUUGUCUGACUGAGAGAGGAGUGUUAAAGAAUCACUGAUUACUGCAGAAACAAUGCAGGACAGAUGGAUAAUGGAAGACUUCUACAUCGGUUACUACUGCUUGUAGAAUGUAAUGGAAUUUGAUGAUGAUGCCUUAAUAAAAAACCAAACCCCAAAUAA